CUUGCCCCAUCACUCCCACCAUGACCGUCAUCACAGCGACAAUACCGAGCGCGAGCGUCCCGGAGGACAAGCAGCGCGCGGCGCGCGCACGCACCGGCUCGGUGUCGUCGACCGACUCCAACGCCGCCCUGCCGUCCUUCGAGGCGCUCGCGCCCCCGCGCCCCCCGACGACGACGCACGAGGAAGAGGUCGCGAUCGCUGUCCCCGGGGCGGCGGACGUGCGCCUCAAGGUCGACGCCGGGCCGGGGUGCGGCGGCAUCGCAUGGCCUGCUGGCGAGGUCCUCACACGGUACAUUGCGCACCGGCACGCGCGGGCGCCAGAACACCUGCGCGGCAAGACGGUGCUCGAGCUCGGCUCGGGGACCGGGCUCGUCGGCCUCGCGGCUGCGAUGCUCGAGCCUGAAGCCGACGUCUGGGUGACUGACCAGGACAUCCUCCUCGACCUCAUGCGCCAGAACGCAGAGCUCAACCUCCCUGGAGCGGGUAAUAUCCAUGUUGAGGAGCUGAGCUGGGGCGAGGACUUGCCGGCUGCCAUUCCUACUGCCAGCGUCGACGUGAUCCUCGCCGCGGACUGUGUCUACUUUGAGCCCGCGUUCCCCCUCCUCGUCAAGACCCUCUGCGACCUCGCCCCUCUCGGCAAGGACAUUGAGAUCCUCUUCUGCUACAAGAAGCGGAGAAAGGCCGACAAGCGCUUCUUCGCACUCCUCAAGAAGCACUUUGACUCGAUCGUCGUCGAAGACGACAAGGAAGGCGAGCGGGAAAAGUACAAUCGCGAGGGGGUCAUGUUGUGGCGCCUUCGUCGGAGGCGCUAGACUGGGUCUGGUCUCUCUCUCUUCUAUUGAUUGCGCCUUCGGCCUUGCCUCCGUCGGAUCGUCGGACCUUCUGGACUCGGGCGAGACGUCGGAUCGACUGGCAUGGCGCUCGCGACGGCGCUUCGCAACAGGUCACGAGCAAGUUGAGCAUAAAGCAUUACGGCAAACAUUGUAUUCUGGGGCUUGUAUUCACGUUUAUUCAUGGAUUGAGUGGUCUUGGG